AUGUCAACCGCAGCAGCGCCUCCCAAGAUCGGUGACGAUUUCGACUUCAAUGCAGCUACCAAAGCCGUCCGAGAUAGUACUCUAGAUCUUGACUCAGCUGCAAAGGCCUUGCUGUCUCGACUCAGUCUGCAAGAACGCCUUGGGCUUCUCGAUGGCGACCAAGACUUCUGGUCUGGCCUGUACGGCAUGAGCACCACAGGUUACAACCGCACACCUUACAUCCACGGUGAAGUCAAACGCCUCGGCAUACCUGGCGUUCGCUUUGCAGAUGGCCCCAGAGGCUGCGUGAUGGGAAAGUCGACAGCUUUUCCUGUUCCCAUGGCUCGUGGUGCGAGCUGGGAUGUUUCCCUCGAGGAACGCGUCGGUAGAGCCAUCGGUCGCGAGUGCAAAGCCCAGGAUGCAAACUUCUUUGGAGGUGUUUGCGUUAACCUUCCUCGACAUCCGGCUUGGGGUCGAAUUCAAGAGACUUAUGGCGAGGACCCUGUCAUUCUUGGCGAGAUGGGCGCUGCCCUCACGAGGGGCAUUCAAGAGAAUGUCAUGGCUUGUGUGAAGCACUACGCCCUCAACUCGAUGGAAAACGCACGCUUUCAUGUCGACGUCAAGAUAGACGAGGCUGUUCUGCACGAGGUCUACCUCGCCCACUUCCGUCGCAUCGUGGAAGAGGGUGUCGCGAGCGUCAUGUCGUCGUACAACUCUGUCCGCGGCGAAUUUGCAGGCCAGAACAAGGAACUUCUCCUCGAUAUCCUCCGAGAUCAAUGGGGCUUCAAGGGCUUCGUCAUUUCAGAUUUUAUGUUUGGACUGAGAGAUCCGGCGCUCUCCCUGAGGAACGGACUCGACAUUGAGGCGCCGUUUCGUCAGCAGCGGGCGUGGAAGCUUGAAACUGCGUACAACAAUGGCGAGGUUGGCGACAUUCACAUCGAAAGAGCUGGAACUAAUAUCCUUCGACGUGUCAUUGAGGACGAGGUGGUCCGUGGAGAUGCAAAGCCUCAGCCAGAUGUUGUGUUCAGUGAGGAGCAUCGCCAACUGGCUCGAGAGGCCUCCGUCAAGUCCAUGGUGUUGCUCAAGAAUGACGAGGUUGACGGCACCCCAGCACUCCCCCUCAAGUCAAACAUCUCCAACAUAGCCGUUGUGGGACGCCUUGCGAACUCGACCGACACCGGAGACAAGGGAUCCUCAGCGGUGCGGUGCCCAGAAGUCGUCUCACCCUACCAAGGUUUGAAGAAGGCUCUUCCACAGGCAAUCGUGACUCUUGAGGAGUCCGAAGAUCCCGAGAAAGUCAAGGCUGCGGCGGGCGCUGCUGAUGUGACUGUCGUCGUCGUGGGCUACAACUUUGAAGAUGAAGGAGAAUUCAACGUGCCGGCAUUCGAGACAAACCCAGCUGUGAACUCUGUCCUUCCGCCAAGUGACGGUUCGGAAGAGUCAAAAUGGGUGUUUGAACAGUGGACGGUUCCGAAAGAGAAGAAGAAGGAGAACCAUGCGGUUGCGACCGGAGGCGACCGGACGAGUCUGAGACUACGACCCCAGGACGUCGAGGUUAUUAAAGCCGCCGUUGAAGCUAACCCACGUACGAUCGUCUCCAUCGUGGCUGCUGGGGCUGUGAUUACCGAAGAGUGGAAGAAUCUCCCGCCAGCUAUUGUUCUCAGCUGGUACUCGGGCUGUGAGGGUGGCCAUGCCCUAGCUGACCUGCUGCUGGGAAAGGUCAACUUUAGCGGUCGGCUUCCAUUCUCGAUCCCCACGACGGAGGAGCAUCUGCCUCAUUUCGAUAAAGACGCUGCCGAGAUCGAGUACGACCGAUGGUUUGGCCAGCGACUGCUUGAUCGACUCGACGUCAAGGCGGCGUAUCCUCUUGGCUUUGGACUCUCGUACACGUCCUUCACUGUGUCGGACUUGGAGUUCGAAAAGAGCAAAGACAAUCCUGAGGAACUAGUUGCUAGGGUCAAUGUCUCUAACACUGGAAGCCGGGCCGGUAGAUACGUCGCUCAAGUGUACGGAGUAGUUGAGGUGUCCGACUGGCCUAAGAGGAGUCUUCUCGGAUUCCAGACAGUGGAUCUUGAUGCCGGGGAACAGACGAAGGUGGAAAUCCAUGUAUCAACUAGGCCCCUUCAGAGAUGGAACCUGGGAUCUUGUGAGCUUGUGAGCAAGACAGUCGAGGUCGAGGUUGGAGGCUCGUCUGGCGAUGCCGAGAGUUUGAGGACUGUGGUUGAGCUAUGA